CUAAAAAUGACAUGGUUUCUGUUAUAUAUGUCAUACAUCUCCAAUCUUCUUCAGCCUUUAUGACAAUUUGAAAUGUAUUCAUUUAUAUACCUUUUCGGCGUAGAUUUGAGAAAUGUUUUGAGCAAUAUUUACGACUAUAUAAUGGACAUUAAGUUACUAUAGCAGAGUUCAAUUGUCGUACAGCUUGACAAUAAACAGUCUGGGGUCAAAUUGGUGCUCCUGUCCCUUUAAGAGCGCCAGUCCCGGCCCUCCACAACUGUUUCACGCAAAUGUGACAAGCCGAGCGUGCCGGCAGCCAAUCAGAGGCGAGAUCUAACCGCGGGAGAUCUGAAUUUCGCGGGAUCGAGUUUGGCGCUAAAAGAGACUCUUCUUCUCUUGUAUGGAGAGCGGUGCCUGCCCUGCGCUGUGAGGACAGUAAGCCUGGACUGGAUCCGGUUCCGUUUCCGAGGGACGCUCGUUAACCUGGAUCCGAACUCAGAGAAACCUGGCAACCUCUUCUUUCCUGUAUUCUUGGAUGUGUAAACGUGCAUCUUUAUUCACGGAACCUUUUUUUUAAGUCUCUGGUUGAUUAUAACCGGGCCUGGCGUCUCAUCCCCGCUAAGCUCCCAAACACGGUUCUUCUUCCUCCGCGGCACCAGUCCGGUUGGAGACACCUCCGCUCGCCUCGGCGACAUGAUGCGGCUGCCCAGAGGCGUCUCUCCGGCACCGGCGCGGCCGCCGGCGGGGCUCUCCUGCGCCCAGCAGAAGACGAAGGUCUCCGCCGGCGGGGGGGCGAAGGGCGAGCUGUUCUGCGCGGGGCUGUCCAGCCCGCCGAUGAGCACGGUGCCCGUCGGAUACUUCACCCAGAUCUGCAACACGACGGCGGCCGAACAAAGAGCCAACAGUCUGUACUCGACCCCCCACGGACCGGACGCCAAGCCCAUCAGAUCGUCCUCCGGGCGGCUGCCGGCGAAAAGGAAGCUGGACCUAGAAGAUCCUCUCUACCUGCCUGAGUUUCGCACACCCAAAGGGAAAAGCAACCUGGCAGCAGGUCUACCAAGCCCACGAACACCAAAGUCUCCAGGCGAGCGGACGCGGUACGACACUUCGCUGGGCCUGCUGACCAAGAAGUUUGUGGGACUGAUCGCAGAAUCUGCCGACGGCGUUCUGGAUCUUAACUGGGCCACUGAAGUUCUGGAGGUCCAGAAGAGGCGGAUCUAUGACAUCACCAACGUCCUUGAAGGGGUACAGCUCAUACGAAAGAAGUCGAAGAACAACAUCCAGUGGCUGGUGGGAAAUGUUUUUGAAGGCAGCGUUGCUGGAGGAGAAAAGGCCUUUGCUCUGAAGCGAGAGCUAGGAGACCUGGAGAAAGCAGAGCGAUGCCUGGAUGACCUGAUCCAGUCCACCACCGCUCAACUCAAACAGCUCACGGAGUUCAAAGACAGCCAAAGUCUGGGCUACGUAACGCACCAGGACAUCCGCUCCAUCAGUAGUUUCAGAGACCGGACGGUCAUCGCCGUCAAGGCUCCCGCCGAGACCAAGCUGGAGGUGCCGGACACUGCAGGGCAGGGCUCGUCACAGAUCUACUUAAAGAGCAGGAACGGUCCUAUAGAAGUUUACCUGUGCCCAGAGGAAGGCCUGGAAGACGCCAGCCCGGUUAAGAGCGCCGUCUCCCCUAAAAAGGAGAACCUGGAGCUACCGGUGACGGCCCCGGCAGCGCCGCAGAGCCAGAGCGUCAAAGAGGAGACCGUAGAAGUGACUGUUUCCGCUCCAGCUCCAGCUCCUGCCACCUCCUCGGCCGCCGCCUCUCUGCUCGACGUCGAGGGACUUCUGGGUUUGCCGCCGAGCCUGCUGCAGAUCACGGAGGACCAGCUGCCCGGCGCCUCGUUCACCGCAGACCCCAACACUCCCUUCGUCAGCUUCUCUCCACCUUUAGACCACAGCGACUACCUCUGGAGCCUGGAGGACAGCGAAGGGGUGUCGGAUUUCUUCGACACCUACGACCUCGGGGAUUUAUUAAAGAGCUGAAGCUGAAAACGACGGAGGUGGCUAAUGAAUUGGGGGGGAUAAAAAAUGUGGGAAAUAUUUAAAAGAAUGCCUGAAUGGGGCAAAUAAUAUUAUUACACUAUGAAGCCAUUGCUUAUUUCUACGUCUUUAGAGCCAGUUGUUGACUUUACUGCGUGAAUUUUGUUCGUAUUGCUCAGAGAACUUUACAACAAACUUUAAAAACGUGGG